AUGAAAGACAUGCCACUCCAAAUCCAUGUGCUGUUUGGCCUAGCUAUCACUACGUUAGUACAAGCUGUAGAUAAAAAAGUGGACUGCCCACAGUUAUGUACGUGUGAAAUCAGGCCUUGGUUUACACCCCAAUCCAUCUACAUGGAAGCAUCUACAGUAGACUGUAAUGAUUUAGGGCUUUUAAACUUCCCAGCCAGAUUGCCUGCAGACACACAGAUUCUGCUCCUACAGACGAAUAAUAUUGCAAGAAUUGAACAUUCCAUAGACUUCCCAGUGAACCUUACUGGCCUGGACUUAUCUCAAAACAAUCUGUCUUCAAUCACAAAUAUUCAUGUACAAAAGAUGUCUCAGCUUCUUUCUGUGUACCUAGAGGAAAACAAACUAACUGAGCUGCCUGAAAAAUGUCUAUAUGGCCUGGGAAACUUACAAGAACUCUACAUUAAUCACAACUUGCUUUCCACCAUUUCGCCUGGAGCCUUUAUUGGCCUACACAACCUUCUUCGACUUCAUCUCAACUCAAACAGACUGCAGAUGAUCAACAGUAGGUGGUUUGAUGCCCUUCCUAACCUAGAGAUUCUGAUGAUUGGGGACAACCCCAUCGUCAGAAUCAGAGACAUGAACUUCCAGCCACUUCUCAAUCUUCGCAGCCUGGUUAUAGCUGGCAUAAACCUCACGGAAAUACCAGACAAUGCCUUGGUCGGGUUGGAAAACUUAGAAAGCAUCUCUUUUUAUGAUAACAGGCUUAUUAAGGUACCCCAAGUUGCUCUUCAAAAAGCAGUAAACCUCAAAUUUUUGGAUCUAAAUAAAAAUCCUAUUAACAGAAUACGAAGGGGGGAUUUUAGCAAUAUGCUGCACUUGAAGGAGCUGGGGAUAAACAACAUGCCUGAGCUCGUCUCCAUCGACAGUCUCGCUGUGGAUAACUUGCCAGAUUUAAGGAAAAUAGAAGCUACUAACAACCCCAGACUGUCUUACAUUCACCCCAAUGCAUUUUUCAGACUCCCCAAGCUAGAAUCCCUCAUGUUGAACAGCAACGCCCUCAGUGCCCUCUACCACGGGACCAUAGAGUCUUUGCCAAACCUCAAAGAGAUCAGCAUACACAGCAAUCCCAUCCGGUGUGACUGUGUCAUCCGCUGGAUCAACAUGAACAAAACCAACAUCCGAUUCAUGGAACCAGAUUCUCUGUUCUGUGUGGACCCACCUGAAUUCCAAGGCCAGAACGUUCGGCAAGUGCACUUCAGGGAUAUGAUGGAAAUUUGCCUCCCUCUCAUAGCUCCUGAGAGCUUUCCUUCUAGCCUGGAUGUAGAUGCCGACAGCUAUGUGUCCCUUCACUGCAGAGCUACUGCAGAACCCCAGCCUGAAAUCUACUGGAUCACACCAUCUGGUCAAAAACUAUUGCCAAAUACUCUGAGAGAGAAGUUCUAUGUUCAUUCUGAAGGCACACUCGACAUCAGUGGCAUAACCCCAAAGGAAGGGGGAUUAUACACUUGUAUAGCAACUAACCUAGUUGGUGCCGACUUGAAGUCUAUUAUGAUCAAAGUGGGAGGUUCUGUUCCUCAGGAUAAUAAUGGCUCUCUGAAUAUUAAAAUAAGAGAUAUUCAGGCCAAUUCCGUGCUGGUAUCUUGGAAAGCAAGCUCUAAAAUUCUCAAAUCCAGUGUUAAGUGGACAGCCUUUGUCAAGACUGAAGACUCCCAUGUUGCCCAAAGUGCUCGAGUACCAUCGGAUGUCAAGGUGUACAAUCUUACUCAUCUGAAACCAUCUACUGAGUAUAAAAUUUGUAUUGAUAUUCCCACCAUCUACCAGAAAAGCAGAAAACAAUGUGUCAAUGUCACCACGAAAAGUUUGGACCGCGAUGGAAAAGCAUAUGGAAAGAGUCACACAGCAUUUAUGGCCUGUCUUGGAGGGCUUUUGGGGAUUAUUGGGGUCAUGUGUCUUCUCAGCUGCAUCUCACAAGAAAUGAACUGUGAGGGAGAACGUGGCUAUGCGAGAAAUUACUUUCACAAACCGACUCUGGCAUUCAAUGAGCUUUACCCCCCUCUGAUCAACCUCUGGGAACCAGGCAAAGGAAAAAGCGCGCCCUUGGAAGUAAAAGCAACUGUGAUAGGUGUGCCAACGAACAUGUCCUAAAAACAACCAACCAAACCUACUUCAAAGAAAAGCUCAAGACUGCAGUAGUGCUAAAGAAAAAAAAAAAAAGAACAGACAAACAAGAACAAAAACAGACAGAGGAAGGAAGAAUCAGCUUCACCAAUGCUGCUCCUGGCCAAUGGAAACGUGAAAGUUCGCAUCCGAGUUGACGGGCUUCAAAGGGUACUGUGGCAACCAAAUAAACCAAUCCCAUUUUCUAGGACUUUCAUGUAACUUUUAUGUCAGGACUAGAGUUAACGUGAACAAAAACAUUUCUGUAUUUUUUUUAAGUAUAGAAGAGUAGCUGAACUGAGCAAUACCUCCUCCUGUGUUGUAUUACACGUUAGCCACGAGUUUUUGCAGUGACCAGAUAAACUUGAA